GCAAUGUUUGUGUUGGUGGCAUUACAAGCAUGUGUUUGCUGUGUUCUGUAACUACAAAACAGUUACCUAUAUAUAUUAUGUGGUCUGUCAAUGUGAUGCUAAAUGUAAUGUUACAUUUUACAGCCAAGUGGGAUUAGCUAAAGGGAAAGAGUCAAACUGAUCAAAAUGGAUUUUUUCUUUGAGGACCUACCAACCACCUCACAGUCCACUCCCAACAGCGAUCAUGGAGAGUCACAAUCGACAGAAGACAUAGACUAUGACUCAUCAAGAGGGAAGUCAUCAAGCUUGAGUUUGAGCAUGACUAAGAUUCAAGAGCAGCAAACCAGCUCAAGCAUCGAUGAAAUCAGCAGGAGAGUGCAGGAUCUGGUUGAAAAGGUCAAUGACAGCCGCACUAGUGACCAGAAAGUGAUGGACGGCUUUCAGGAUAAGCUUGUGGAGAAGGUGUCCGAGAUGUGCCAGCAGAUGAAGGAGCACAUGUACACAGUCUACGAAAAGAACAGUAAUGACAUGCAGGUGAAGCUGCAGGAGGUGUCAGAGGUGCUGGAGAGCUGCACUAAGCUCAACCAGGAGCUCCUGGAGGCCAGCCAGGCACUGACAGGUCUGAGAGAGGCCCUGGCCAUAAGCCAGUCCUCAGAACCCUUAUAA